AUGUGCGUAGCGAUCAUCAUUUUGUUGGCGACAUUGGCGUAUUCGGACGCAUUUAUCGGUUUCGACUGCGGAUGUGGGAAUGUGUCAACUCUAAACGCAAAACCGUUCAUUGUAAAUGGAAUCAACGCUAAAUUUCUCCCUUGGCAUGCUACUUUGUAUGAGGCGAAACAAAUAAAUGGACCAAAAGAAUUUAUUUGUGGAGCAACAAUUAUAACAGAGAAUUUUCUUGUCACCGCUGCUCAUUGUGUUUUCGAUGAAACAAUUAGUAGAGUAAAGGACCCUAGACAAUUUUACGUUGCAACUGGAAAUACAAAUCGUGAUUAUGAUUAUGAACAGCAUGAUAUACGUUUUGUCAAAAAAGCUAGGGUAAAACAUAUUUAUGUUCAUUGUAAUUAUUUGGGCUCAUUAGGAAAUGAUGCUUUUGACAUAGCUCUCUUACAAAUUGAAGUACCAUUUGUAUUUACAAAUAUGUUAGUGCCAGCAUGUUUAGAUGGUAGUAUUAUUCAGUCUGGACUUGGAGUGGUUGCGGGAUUUGGAUUUACUGCCUCUAUGUCAUCCAGCCCUCGUCUCCAAAUUACAAAACUACCCUACGUAUCUGCAACACAAUGCAAAGCUAUAAAUAAUUCUGUUAUAUACGAGCAGUAUGUAACAAGUGAUAAAUUUUGUGCAGGCUAUACAAAUGGAACGUCUGUCUGUAAUGGUGAUAGUGGAGGGGGACUUGUAUUUCAAGCUGGAGGAUUAUGGUUUUUAAGAGGUAUUGUCAGUAUUGGAAUUAGUGCAAAUUUAGAGGCAGGUAAUGUAUUUUGUAAUACCCGUUUCUAUUCUCUUUAUACCCGCAUUUCUUACUACUUACCCUGGAUGCAAGAAAUUAUUUAUAAACUAGAGCCAAUUGAUUGUGCAUAAAAUACCAGUCACUAAAAAAAUAUUAGUUAUUACUGAGAAUGAACAGUUUAUUAUUUUACCUUAAAAACAUAAUAAUAACAUUUUGCAGAAGUCCAGGCAUUUGAUUCUGAACGAAUUUGAAUCAGUCUAAUACUGAAUAUAAAAAAAGUACUAAAGCAUUUAUUAUAUGAACUAAUAGUUGUUUUUUAAAUUACAUACAGUUAAUAUCAUGCAGUAUCUAUUUCUACGAUAAAUGUCAGUCAAAUAUUAUAAUAAAAAAGUGAAACGAGAGAGAUGCACGAAACUAAAAAUGGUCGUCUAAUUUGUCUUAAAUUUGUAAUAUGUCUUGAUAUUUCUUAUCUUGUUACAUGUCUGCUAAGAAAUGCUGUAAUGUUCUGAUAAAAAACCUAUACUUCGACAAAUUUUCCCGAUUAAAUUAAUAAGCUUUUGAAUUUAAACUGCUAACGAACAAAAGGGUGAUUAUUAAUUUUUUCAUUCU